CUUGGUGUUGUUGUGUGUGGAUUUAUACGAUAAAUUCUAGUCAAGAGAAUGUGUAUUAAUUUAAUUAUUAAUAUUUAAUAAUCGUUUUGUAGUAAUAGGAAAAUGUUCUUAAUCAUUUUACAAGCGUCGUUUGUGUUUGUCGCAAGUCAAACAGCCAACGACUGGUCGAACAAUGAACAGAAUGAACAGUAUUUUUAUUCCGUCCCAAAUAACCGUAGGAAUGAUAACGGUAUUUACUACCCUACUGAACCAGUUCAGAGAUAUAACUACAAUGAUUUGCAAAGUCGGGAUAAUUUCUCGGGGCUGCAGUCGCGAUUUUCGAAACCAAAUGUUCUUCAAAAUGUUGAGCCGCAGAAAGAACUACUUAGCAAUGUCAGCCACGGAGUGACAAAUUUAGGUGUCAAUUUGUUGAGGAGUGCAGUACAAUUACAAUCUGGAAACAUAAUGAUGUCUCCAACAUCCAUAGCGACGCUUCUGGCUCUGCUUCAGCAAGGAACCCAUGGCGCAGCGCAAGACCAGAUCACCAAUGCAUUAGGCAUGGCCCCAGAGAUCACAGCACCUAUAUAUCGACGCCUAACCAUUGAUAUGAGGAAACGGAAUUCUCGAAACGUACUCAACGUAGCGAAUAAUGUUGUUGUAUCCGAUUCCUUUGACAUGGAUCCCGCCUUUAAAAGCACAGCAAUUCGUAACUUUGGCAGUGAAGUCACUCCGAUGAACUUCGCUAGAGCCGAUGAUGCUGCGAAGAGGAUAAACAAAUGGAUUGCGGAUAAUACCAACCAAAAGAUCACUGAUAUGCUCUCACCAGAAAUGUUCAAUCCAACUACUCAACUUGUACUCGUAAACGUAGUUUACUUCAAGGGGCUUUGGGAGACAAAAUUUAAGCCAGAAGCCACGCAGCCCCGAAAAUUUUAUUUGAAAAAUCGUCAAACUGUGACAGUACCAUUUAUGCGGAUGCAGCAGUCUUUUAAAUUUGGCGCCGAUGAAAGAACUAACUCUCUUGUAGUUAUCUUACCUUUUGAAAGGUAUCAAUAUUCUUUAGUUCUCAUAAUGCCCAAUGAAGGCGUCACUACUGAAGAAUUAUUGUCUAAAGUCACAGACGAAGAUAUCAUUAAUUACCAUGAACUACAACCUGUGGAAAUUAAUAUUGAGAUUCCGAAAUUUACAAUGAAAUCUGAUACAAACCUGCGGCCAGUUUUGAAAAAUAUGGGUGUAAACAACAUAUUCAAUUCCGAAUCGGAAUUAGCCGGUAUCGGGGUAUACCGAACCUACCCGCCACAGAUUUCCGAUGCUUUACAUUCUGGAUACCUAUCCAUCGAUGAGCAAGGAGUAACAGCAGCUGCAGCAUCAGCAUUCGCGGCAAUUGCGCUUUCUUUUGAAGAUCCACGACCACAUUUUAAAGCCAAUAGGCCUUUCGUUGCCAUCCUUUGGGAUACACAGUUCACAAUACCGUUGUUUAUGGCUAGAGUUGAUGAUCCAUCCGUUUUGAGAUGAUUUUGAUUGUAUUUAAUAUUAUUGUCUUUUACUAUUCUACGCACGUCUACUACGUACAAUUUCAGUUAAGUUUAAAUUUACAAACGUGUUUUAAUCAUGUAAUAGUUGUUACAGUUGCUUAUAAAUAUAUAAGGUUUAAUAAAAGUUAA